AAUAGUGUCAUCAAGCGACAUCAACACUGUUAAUGAAAAAUGAAUCAGGACUUAACAACUUAGUGAACCGUUGCCGUUGGUACAACUAGAAUCACGAUUUUGGGGCACGACGCCGGCGUCAGACCACUUUGGGCUUAACUCGAAGACCAGGACACAGAACGGGGCAGAAAACACCCAUAAACAGAAACAAGUAAAAAAGGGAAGCACUUCUCAGAAAAUAUGGCGUUGAAGGAGUCUAUUGUCAUCGACGCAGACGACGAAAGCAACCACAACAACAAUGCACUGUAUCAACUCCAACCUUCUCAGAUAUGCGAAUCAUUCUUUGAUCACGACGCCCAGCACCAACAAGAACAACAAGGUUUCGCCAGACGCCAAUGGCGACGUGAAAAUGCCAUUCAUCUUGGGGAAAAUGAAAAAAGAGAAAAGGAGUUACUGAAUCAAAUUAUCAAGGAAGCUGAAGAAUAUAUUCAAGCUUUCUAUGAAAAAAGAAAGGUUAAUUGUGAGACAAGCAAAGCUACCAACAGAGGAAAGGAGAAGAUAUACUUGGCAAACCAAGCGAAGUUUCACAAAGAAGCUGACAAACAUUACUGGAAGGCAAUAGCGGAGAUGAUCCCUUCUGAAGUUGCCAAUAUUGAGAAGAGAGGAAGGAAAGCAGAAGCUGAGAAGAAGCAUCAAGUCAAUCCUAUUCAGGGUCCCAAGCCUGGGAAGCCUACAAAUCUUGCGAGAAUGCACCAAAUGAUUUUGAAGCUUCAACAGAACCCUCUGCCGCCCAAAGAAGACAACAAAGAUGGUAAAUCUAUGAAAGAUGGAGAGGAUGCCAAGACUGGAAAAAAUUGUUAAGCGGGUGCAAGAGGCUGCUUGUUCAGCUUUUGCAACACUUGAAGAGGAGGCUGCAGAAGAGUUGGCACCACGAUUAGAAAUUAUAUUGAAGCACCUGAUGCUAGCGUUUGAGAAAUAUUAGGUUGUGGUUGUUUGAUGUAUUUGCAGAUAUAUUGUUAUUUGUAAAUAUAUUUUUCUCAAAAAUUGUGGUUGUUUGAUGAUUUUGUUGGAUCUUUUGAUAUUUUGUGGUUGUUGUUGUAGGAAGAAUUUUUAGUGGGAUCAUUUUGAUGUUUUGAGAAUGAUUAAAUGUUAUUUAGAUUAGCGAUUGUCAUUAGAUUUAUAAAGAACCAAAUUCUAGU